AGCACCAAGCCCUUCAGCCUCAGCCUCAGCCUCAGCCAGAGCCUGUCCAGUGUGCUGCACUAGUCCUGAGACCCACCAGCUCAGUGAAGUAGUGCAGCCACCAGAGUCAGCAUAACUCACACAGAACUAGGAUACUUACUUUACUAUCCUAGUUCUACUGUUCUAGUUCUACUGUUCUAGUCAUGUACAAGGCUCAGUCUGUGAACUAGUCCAGUGCUGGUUGAUAUUUACUCUGUGAAGUUCUCCAGUACUGUUGUCCAGUGGCUCACUUUAGUCCUCCUCUUAGUCCUGAACUGAGAUCAUUUAGUGGAACACCUGAGCAGAAAUCUACACAAGUCUUCAGUCAACUGUAUCUAGUGAUAGCCACCAGCCAGUCCUUUGUACCUGAGACCUCUGCAGAUCAGCUACAGCCAUGCAGCGCUCACACACCUUCCUCCUCUUCCUCUUCCUCAUCUUCAUCGUUGGGAUGGUGCUGGCCGGCUCGUCCACGGCUCUGAGAAGCAGAGUGAGACGUCAGAACAUGAAGGUGAGGAUCAAUGCUACAGGGGACACCAUCGUGAUGAAGUUUGUCCGUCCCAACACUGACACCAAGCUGGAGGGCUACAUCCUGGGCUACGGAAGCAGCAUGUUCUCUAAACAGUUCAUCCAACUCCCAGAGGAUGGACUGCCCUACGAGACUGAGAUCGAUGCCGAGCCCAAGUACCUGAUCGCUGUCCAGCCCAUCCCAGUCAAUGAUGUGAAGAAACAGUGCACAGGCAAGGUGAACCUGGAGAAGCCCCUGCACCUGGUGAUUGGAUCUGUGACCCCCACCUCGGUGCUGCUGUCCUGGGGGACCUUCCUCAAGACGCCCUACGAGGGGAACAUCAUGAACGAUUGCCUGGAGGACGGGAACUACACGGUGCGCUACCGUGAGAGGAACAGGAAGUGGACCUACCAGACGUGCCCUGCCAGCGACACGGUCAUUGACAACCUACAGCCUAACAUGGCCUAUGAGUUUGGUGUCCGCCCCAACAAUAAGGAACGGAGCGGAGUGUGGAGCAAGCCAGUGAUCCACAACACCAACAUGAGCGAGAAGGCCAUGCAGAAACCCUACAAACCAAGGACCCCUCUGAAGCCUGUGAAAACGGCCAACAUGCCACAGGCCUUCUUCCCUCCUCGUCACGCUGUCCAUAACAGGAGCCAGGGCAGAACCCUCUUCAGGACCCCUGUAGUUCCAAGGACCACCUUCGCGCCAACCUCGGCCAAUAAACAGCACUUCAUGCCCACUCCCCGACCCACAAUGCCUCAGCUCCUGCCCUCCCCCAAUCUUCCCCUGGCUUCCCCAGCUGACCCUAUGCUUAACCCCAAUCGUAACGGACAGAGACACAGGGGACCGGCCCAGGCCAGACCCCAACAGGCAAGGCCCCAACAGGCAAGGCCCAGGCCCAAGCCUCAGGCACAGCCCCAACAGCCUGCUAAGGUCAACCAGAACCUACAGACCCCCACGGCUCCCAGCCAAUAUCAGGUGGGACAACCUCUGCCAAGACCCGCCAUCGUCACUGAGAGGGCCAAUAGUAACAUCCAGGGUACCAGCUUCCUGAGACCUUUGACCCCUACCGAGCCUCGCUCUCCUAUACGCUCUGCCGUUGCCACGGCAGCCAGAAACACAACGUUGCCUCGUGGUCGCGUCUCUCUCUACUCCACCCAUAAUGGCAUCAGACCUCUUUCUCUACCCAGGGACACCAACACCAACACCAACACCAACUCCUCCCUCACCUCCGACAAACCAGGGGGCUCCCCUGCAGUUCUGCGACCCUCCCUUCCUGUCAACAAGAGGCCCAACCUGGUGGGGAAAUCAGGGGACAAGGAUAAGCCCAUGGACCUGAAGCAGGGAGACAAAGUGUCCAUCUUGAAUCCCUUCCCUCUAGUCACAGCUAAGCCUGCCAAACAAAAGACCACAACCCUCGCCACUGCCUUGAAUGCCAUGGGUGACAACUCUUCUGUGUUCAGCUCUCUCCCUGCUUCGGAAGUGGAUGCCUUAGGCAAGAAGCGCUUCGUAGCCCCUCAUGUGAUCUAUAAGACUGACAAGAAGCCAGACGAACCGUGUUCCAUAACAAAGUCCCUCAGCUUCUUCCCUGAGGAUGAGGGGGUGGAGCAGAACGUCACCGCACCCCCUCGCUUGCCCCCCUCCAACCUCACCGUGGUUACCGUGGAGGGAUGCCCCUCCUUCGUCAUCCUGGACUGGGAGAAGACCGACAACUACACCACAGAGUAUGAGGUCAUUUCAAGGACCCAUGGACCCAAUGGAGAAGAGGUGUCCAUCCUGACCACCAACCAGACUCACACUGCAGUGGAGAACCUAAAACCAGAGAGCAGUUACGAGUUCAAAGUGAAACCCAAGAAUGAGCUGGGGGAAGGGCCUGCCAGCGAGCCAGUGUCGUUCAACACAGAGUCAGCGGACCCUCGGGUGAGUGAGAAUGUCUCAGGUAAAGAUGCUAUCUGGACACAGUUCCCCUUCAAGGCAGAUUACUACUCAGAGUGUAACGGGAAGCAGUAUGUGAAGAGGACCUGGUACCGCAAGUUUGUGGGCAUCCAGUUGUGCAACUCCCUUAGAUACAAGAUCUACAUGAGCGACUCGCUCACCGGCAAGUUCUACAACAUCGGGGACCAGACUGGUCAUGGGGAGGACCACUGCCAGUUUGUAGAUUCUUUCCUGGAUGGACAAACAGGCAGCCAGCUACUGGCCGAGCAACUACCCAGCCGAUCAGGUUUCUAUCGGGCUGUACGUCAGGAACCGGUCAACUUCGGCGAGAUCGGAGGGAACUCGCACGCCACCUACGUUGGCUGGUACGAGUGCGGAACACCCAUACCUGGGAAAUGGUAAGACCCCUCCACCAGAGGGGUUGCCAGGAAGAUGCCUGACUGGAAGAAUGAUGAUCUCACCAGGGUGAGAGGAGGAGGACUGAGGAGGUCUUAGUGGCCCUUGAGGUGGGCUUCUCCCUCUUGUUACCAUGGAGACUGCGUCUGUAUGUUACCAUGGAGAUGCAUCUGUCUGUCUGUCAGAUGGUGAUGGCCCACAUUCCAUUGUAUAAAAGUGUACAGGACUAUACCUUGUCAUGGAACUCUAUUGAGUGCUUUUGUCAUAUCUCCUUAAGGGAUCUAUUCAAUCCGCAUCGCGGAAGUUCAGCUUUACAGCGUGAUUGAAAUUUAAAGGCAAUGUUCCCGCUUUAGCAGAGACUGCUUUUACGGUAA